CCACAUGUGAUGACUCAUGCAAGGCCAACUGCCUCCCCAAUCCCUUAAGAGGGAGCGGUUAUCGGGAAGAGGAUGUGAAGGAGGAAAAGGGAUAGGACCAUCCUUUGUUCUUUAGUACUCGUGAUGACAUGGCUGCGUCUUUCUGCCAUGAUUCCAUCGUGGUUUUUCAUAGUUCAUGCCAUCCUCCACGUCCUCCUCCAACAAGGAGAGGGGUUGGAAUGCUUCCAAUGUGGACCAGGAAAAAAAGCUUGCCACUCGUCAGGGGUGGAGAUGGAAGUGAUCUCGUGCAAUGGGACUCGGUUCUGCGUCAAGGACUACAACAAGAGGAAAUCUGUUGGCACAAAAUGG